GUGCCUUCAGCGGGUCCUGGAGCAGCGGCUCGGCCUUUCAUUCUACAGGUUUGAUUAAAAUGGCAGAAAACCUUUUUUGUGCAGUAAUCAGCAGCUUUGUGAAUAAUUAUUUUACUCUUUCAUUCAAACUUGGCGGUGACGUGUAACACAGAGCUAGCGCGUUAGCCUAGCAUCCUGCAGCUAGCCAUGGAGCCAGACACAUGUAAACAAGAGUCUGUGGAAGAGUAUUGUUCAGAAGAAGUUCAUUCCAUCGAGGUUGCAAUAGAAGCGGAGCCAAAGCCGUCCAAAACCACAUCAUCCAAGUGCUAUCCUUGCACUUCUUGUGGCAAGUUGUUUGACAGACCUUCAAAACUGGCCAGACAUGAACCUGUGCACCUGAGGAAGCCCAAGAUCCUCUACGAAUGCCAAAAAUGUGAAAAAGUCUUCAAAGAUCAAGACCUACUCAAGCGACACGAGCUGAGGCACAACAUGACCAACCUACACCCUUGUCCUGACUGUUCAAAAGUCUAUAACCGGCCCUCGAGGUUAGAAAGGCACAGGAAAACUCACCUCAGCAAACCAAAGAGGCUUCAUCAGUGCUCAUUCUGUAGCAAAACAUUCGAUAAAUUGCAUCGAGUCGUGCGGCAUGAACGCGUCCACACCGGGGAGAGGCCGUUCACCUGCUCCUUCUGCGGAAAAGGCUUCAUCGAGUUAAGUGGGUGCAAAAAUCAUGAGAGGACGCACUUGGCGAACCCUGAAAAGCCUCACAAAUGUUCUCACUGUGACAUGGCUUUCACAGAGGCAAAGGAGCUGCGUCGCCACGUUCGAUCCCACACGGGAGAGAAGCCUUUUGAGUGCAACCAGUGCGACAAGCGUUACCCCCGGGCGGAGUCGCUCAAAAGACACAAGAUGAGUCACACGGGGGAGCGUCCGUUUCCCUGCACGAUUUGUGAAAAGACCUUCUACAGUCGCCGGGAUUUAAACAUUCACAAGUUGGUCCAUUCUGGAGACAAGCCUCAUUUGUGUUCUGUGUGUGGAAAAGGCUUCUCACAGCUGGGGAACAUGAGGGAGCACAGACGCAGUGUGCACUUUCAGACUGAGUACAGCUGCGACCAGUGUGAGGCGGUGUUCACGCGACACAAGGCGUUCAGGAGGCACCAGCUCCAACACAGCGACGGAGCCUUUGUCUGCGGCGUUUGUAAAUGCAAGUUUGGGUCCAGCACUUCCCUCAAAAACCACAUGAGGGCGCUUCACGGAGAAGCGUUACCAGUGGAGGCCUCUGAGGAGCUGUCGGGGACUGAAGAAUCCUCUGCAGUUCAGACCGAGUGAUAUUUCUGUUGAAUAAAAUGUAAACGCGUUUGAAGUGAGCGAACACGGGACACUACAGACAUGUCUUUUAUUAAUCCAUGGCAUCAACAAACCAUUUCCAUCAUAUAUUUAUCAAGGUACAAGCUAAACUUUAUUUAAACUCUUGAGGAAAACUCGUUCUCUGCAUUUGAUUUUGUGCCUCAAAGCCUCCAGCUGCGUGCCUCUUGUGCAUGUUUCUGUGAACUCUGUGAGACACUGCGCCAAAUUAUUUAUUUUCCUUUUAAAAAUAUUCAACGUUUACUCCUGUGCUCACUACAUGUGUUGUUUUAUACACUAGGAACCUGUAGAAACUUCAGUUGUGUUAUGCUGUUACACUUUCUGUCACUUGAUUUGAGACGUUCUGUUAACUCAAGUCGCUUAUUCUCAAGAUGGUGCUGAUAUUAUAAAAAAAGUGCGGUAAAGCUAACGCGUAUUCUUUCUAAAGUUUGUUACGACCCGGACAACGCUGCAUGUGAAGAAAAUGAAAACACACAUCUCUUCCUUGAAACGCAGACACUGUGAAUGCACUUUUUCUGGACUUGACUUGUGUAAUUCCUCCGUACACCACAGCACUCCAGAGCAGUGUUGUGCCUGCAAACACUUGUGUCUUAAAUAUAUCCGUUUAAUGUAACGUACCUAAUGUUAACCAGGCUCACGACCCUAAACACUUGAGCUGGUUUUGUCUGUGUGACCAUCACCGUCUUGUGUUUUAAAUGUCACAAAUAUGAAUCGUUCAAAAUAAAAUACGUUGAGUUAGAUUCUGUGGAUGUU